CAGCUACCAGCUUCUCGCAUGGCCUGGGGGGUGGAUAUCCAGAGGCCGUGGAUCCAGUGUCGAGUACUACUUUACAUGACUCUGUUUUCUGCAGUACGACAUGCAAGACCCUUGGGCUUGCGUUUCUUUAUAAGCCCGGUUAGCCCCCGGCCUCAACCGUUCUCACGUUCUCGAUACCAACCUUCGUUGUUGCCCCAGCGACCUUGAGUUUGAAGAAACAUUAUUCGGGUUCGAUCUCUUCAUCAUGUUCAAGAAGUACUUUGGCCUUCGAGGCCAGGCCCUCAACUAUGCCAUCAGUACCAUUGCCGGAACCGAUUUCCUGCUCUUUGGUUAUGACCAAGGUGUUAUGGGUGGUAUCUUGACAAUGGCACCCUUCAUGGAGCAAUUCCCCGACAUGCACAGCGAUGAUCCUAUAGUAUCUGCGGCUGUUCGAAAGGACCGCUCUAACUAUCAAGGCAUCGCUGUUUCGUCUUACAACCUGGGCUGCUUCUUUGGCGCCAUUGCUACCAUCUUUCUUGGAAACAAGCUCGGCCGCAGGAAAAUGAUUAUGCUCGGCACCACAAUCAUGGUUGUUGGUGCUGCUCUUCAGGCUUCUGCGUUCACUCUGGAACACUUCAUCAUCGGACGAAUCAUCACUGGUCUUGGUAACGGCGGCAACACAUCUACUGUUCCUAUGUGGCAAUCAGAAACCUGCUCCGCCCAUAAACGUGGUAAACUGGUAAUGAUCGAGGGUGCGCUCAUCACACUCGGCAUAACCAUCUCGUACUGGGUUGACUACGGCAUGUACUUUGCGCAAGACACAUCUGCCUGCUGGCGCUUCCCAAUGGCGUUCCAGAUCGUCUUCUGUCUAAUCAUCAUGGCCUUUGUUAUGAACCUUCCAGAAUCUCCCCGCUGGCUUGUGCUCAAGGGACGUGAUGAAGAUGCAAAGGAAGUUAUUGCUGCCAUUGCCAACCAGGAUGUCCAGAGCAAGUAUGUGGACAACGAGUUCAAGGCCAUCAAGGAGACUGCUGCAGAGAUGAGUAAGGGAUCAUUCUCGGACUUGUUCUCUCGAAACCACAACAAGAACCUUCACCGUACUCUCAUCGCUUACAUCAACCAAAUGUUCCAACAGAUCUCUGGUAUCAACUUGAUUACUUACUAUGCUGCUACCAUCUAUGCUGGACUUGGUAUGACUGGUCAUAUGCCUCUGCUCAUGGCCGCUCUGAACGGUACCGAAUAUUUCUUGGCCUCACUCCCUGCUAUCUGGCUGGUUGAGCGGGUUGGCCGUCGAAAGCUGAUGCUCUUUGGCGCAGCAGGCCAGUGUGCAUCCAUGGCCAUUCUCGCCGGUGUUGGCUCCAGUGAUGCGAAGGCUUGUCAGAUUGUUGGAAUUGUCUUCCUGUUUGUCUUCAACUCAUUCUUCGCCGUUGGCUGGCUUGGAAUGACCUGGUUGUACCCUGCUGAGAUCACACCUCUUCGAAUCCGUGCGCCUGCCAACGCUCUAUCGACAUCAAGUAACUGGAUCUUCAACUGGCUGGUGGUUAUGAUUACCCCUCCAGCAUUUGAGAAUAUUGGAUCCAACACAUAUGUCAUCUUUGCUGUCAUCAACGCCAUCAUGGUUCCUUCGGUCUAUUUCUUCUUCCCUGAGACUGCAUACCGAUCUCUGGAAGAAAUGGAUACUAUCUUCCAGAAGGUGGGGCAUGGUUUCCAAGGCGCACUCGAUGUGGUCAAGCAGGCCAAGAUUGAACCUCGACGAUACGAUAACAAUGGAAACCUUCUCAUUGCCAUUGAAGAGGUAGAAGAGAAGGGACAUGUUGAGCAUCGAAGUGGAAGCUCGAGUGGACAGAGUGGCGAAGGUAACAACGCUGCCAUGUUUACAUCACAUGACGAAGAGAACCAGCGCCGAGAGGCCUAAGGGGUGUUGUCGAUUAAAAGAACGGCGGAUGCUAUGAGUGGUGGCUUUGGAAACUACACCGAGGCAUGAUAUAUACCCCUAGAGUGGUUGAGAGAAAGAGAAGUUUAGUUGGUCAAGUGUCAUGAUGAAACAUAUAGCAGCAUAUAGAUACCCGAUUGAGUAAGAGUCUCGGCAGAUGUACCAAUUUUGUGUAACUUUGACUGCUU